GAUGAGAAUUGGUCUUUAUUUAAAUGCCGCACCAGUAUAAUCGAACUGCGAGAGAUCUCUGCAGACUCAUCUAGGUGAAGAAAGAGGCGCCAUGGCGGCGGAGAAGGAGAAGGAUGGUGGCGAGAGGUGGAAAGCGGCUAUUGUCAACCUAUCGGAGAUGAGCGCAAACUUAGAGUCGCUGCAGAAGAUCCUCGCCAAGAAGGCCGUCUUCGUGGACGAUGAAACCUUUUCCAAAGCCUACCUAAUCGCUGAACAGGCCAGAAACAUCAAGGCUCUAGAGCAGAGGGUGGGAACUUUGGAACGAGAAUUAGAUGCCGCAAUUGCAGCAGCUGCUCGUGCUCGUUCGGAGAAACGACAAGCCGAGGCAGCACAGCGAGCUGCUGAAUUACGUGCCCAGGAUGUUACCAGAGAGUUGGAAAACACUACGAAGGUGUUUGAGCUACAUAUGGAGGAGUUGCGCAGAAAGCAAGAGGAGAUAUCUAAGAGAGAUGGUGACAUCAAAGUAUUGGAGGCUAUAAUUCAAACACUCAGUAGAAAUGGUUUGAGUGCCUCCGAAGACUAACUUGUCAGAUUUUUCGGCUUGUGGAGCUGUCUAGGCAGCCCUGAAGCAGGUAUUGUUGGAGAUUGAUGCUGUGCUGUUGGUGGCUUCAGGUGUUAAUUGGAGUUUCAUCGAAGUUGAAGAUUUCACUCAAAGUUUUCAAAAAUAACAGGAAAGAAAAAACUAUGAAUGAGCAAAUCUCCCUUCUGUAAAUUUCUUAUGUUUGCUAUGUAUAAAAUGUGUCAAAAAUAAUACUAGGGGCAUUUAUAUAAAUAUCACUCAAUUCCUAUAUAUUUAUAUAUUCAAC